CAAAAAGAUACUAUGACUAUGGAGGCCAUACCGGAUAUUGAACAAUUUUAAACAAUCUUACAUUUUAGUAAAAUUAAACAAAUAUCUAAAGUGCUCCUACAAAAUAAAAAGUAAAAUUUAUAAUAUUUUCAACAUGGCUAUCUUUAUAUAUCUAUGUAUCUCUAUAUAACAUUAUACUUCUUACUCUAAUGGGCGAUAAUACGGUAAACAUACAAUAUAAUUUUGUGACACUCUUUGAUAAGUCAAGAGGUCUUAUCUUGAAGGUUUAGAUUUUGUAGAAAAAGAAAUAUUAGUCUUCUGUGAAGCUAGGGUGAAUUAUUUAUCUAAUAAAUCUUUAAAUUUGCUGUAUGAUUGAAUCUUAAACGCCUUAGGUCACGUGCCCAGAAGAACAACAUCAAGUAUAUUUCCAAAAGGAUUUGUAUAUCUAGCUAAUGUGAUUCUUCUUUUAAAAGUUGUUUUAUACAUUAAAUAUUAUUAUUUCACCUGAGAUUUUGCAAUUGAAGUUAAUAAAAUUAACAUAACUGGUAAGUUUUAACACUUUAAAAAGUUAUUACGAGACAUUUUUCUGGUAUUCAUUUGUGAUUGUAUAUAACAUACAUAUCGUCGCACCUUUGCAAAGGUAAUAUUCUAGUGAAAAAAACAAUGGCAGAUGAAUUUCAAGAAGAUUUACUAAGGGACAAAAUUAUUACUGGAGAAAGUGCUUUGAGCUUGACAGCAGAAGGAUUACAUGAUUUAUUUAAUUGUUUCAAAAAGUACUGCGAUCAAGAUAUAUGCUCUUCUUUUGAAGUAUUAUAUUUAAAUCAACUGGAACCCCCACAACUAAUUCAAGAUAUUCAAUUUCUAUUCGAUUUCGUUCAAAAAGUUAAACAUUUAAAAGUAUUUCAUAAACCUCAGAGCACUUUACAAGGAGAUCUUCAGUUAUCCUGCUUUCCAAUUCUUGAAAAUAUAGAACUGCGGCAAGUACCUCUUCAUCUGCUUCGAGGCUUACAUAAACUAAGACCUCGUCUGAAGAAGUUAGUUAUUCAAAAAUCAAUUUCUAAUGUAGAGGAUGUUCUCUGGUAUUGUGGUGCAGAAAGAGCUGAGAGUAAGCUUUGGCCAAAAUUAACCGUUUUAUCUCUGCAUCAUAACUAUUUAGAACGUCUUGAUGACUCUUUCGAGCUCCUUCCUGAAAUAAUACAUCUGGAUCUUAGUCAUAAUUUUCUGACUUCAACCGAUAACUAUUUAUCCUCACUUUCAAAACUUGAAACUUUGCAUAUUGGGUACAAUGAUUUACGAAUUAUUCCAUUCUUAUCGUCAGAGCUUAGAAUUACACUUACGACUCUUUCAUUAAGAUAUAAUUGUUUGGAAGACAUUGAGGGAAUUGACAUUCUUGUCAAUUUGCAAGUUUUGGAUUGCUCUUACAAUUUACUGUCAAAACACUUUGUAUUAAAGGAUUUAAUAAAUCUCAAACACUUAAAGAAGCUAUCUCUACGGGGUAAUCCCUUAUGUUACGAAAAGAACCAUAGAUUAAUUGUUUGCACUUUCAUCAAUCCGACUAUUUGCAAAGAGUUAGAGUUAGAUGAACGAAGAAUAACAAGAAAAGAAUUCGAAAAGUCUACCAGCCUUCCAAGAAUAAGUUUUGAAAGCACUAGAUUCUUGCAAAGUCUACCAAGACCAUCUAUAUCCGAGUCAUUCAACAAUUCGUCUGACUUGAUAUAUUCUAGAAAGUUAAGACGAAAAAAGAGGAAACCAAACAUUGAAGAUGAAUCAUCUGUAACUUGCGAUCAAGGAAUGACUUCAGAAUUUGAACAGAAAAGUAAUCUGCAACAGGGCGCUCAAAGUUUUCAAGACGAAAUUUUGUCAUUGAGGUCACAAAUGGGUGAGAACUGGCUACAAGCUGUCAAUGAUAAAUUACUCACAGAUAGUAAAGAGCCUCCAGAGCAAAGAGAAACUGUUGAUAUUGAGGAAUCUUCUGAAUUCGCUGAUGAAGUUGAAAAUAAACAGAAUGAACUGGAAAACUGUAAUCUUAUUACGAAAACAUCAACUCCAAUUAACGUUGAAAUGCUACCGCCUUUUCACCUCUCAAAUCCCGUGGGAAAUAAUAACCUGGAUGAAAAAUCUAAUGAGUCUUGGAACAGUAAGCUUGUUAUGAAUGAUCAACCAAAAGUAUUGCAUUCGACCGAAGAUUCAAAUCCUUUAUCAAUUGGAAGUUCUGAGCCGGACGUGGAUUUUUACAUUAACUCGUCAGAUUCUGAUAGUGAUCAGACUCCAAAGGAAAACUUGAUGAGUCCUGACGACGGUGUUCAGUUUAUUGUAAAAAGUUUUGAGGAAUCAAUUAUUAUUGAGAUAAAAGACAAUUUUUUAAUUGAGAGAGAUAUUACGGGCAAAAUCCGAACUAAAUUAGAUCUGACGGCUUUAAAAGAUAUUUCAAAUAAUAAUGCAGGAUCCAACCAUAUUCGCGUUGAAUUUGUCUUACUAAAGAAAGAAAAUCAAGAAAGAAAUUAUAUAUUUGAUAAUUAUAAUGAAAUGCAAGAUUUUUUUGAUAACCUGAGAUCGUUCUUGAAAAACCCACAAGAGAAAGCGGAGAAAUUCGAGUGCCUGAAGUGUGGGGGAAGUUGGAUAAGAACAGAUGAAAAAGAAUUAGAAACAUGUCCUAGAUGCAACAGUCACACUAUUAUCGCAAAUAAUACAUCGUGUAAGGUAAAUGUACUAGCACCUAAGAUACAAGAUACCGAAUCUGCACCGAAAACUGACGAUCUUUCAACGUCAAAAAAAAGUGGACCCAGUUUUAAUUUCUUAGACAAUCUAUUAAACUUACACGUGUCUUUAAAUUUAUUAGAUGAAGAGGACACAGUACGACUAUUACUUGAGUGUCAAUAUCGAAAGCAUAAAGGCAAACGAAAGCAUCAAUGUUUAUUAGUUUUUUCCCAAAAAUAUUUGUUUGUUCUGCAUUUAGUUAAUACUGAUAGAAAUUCCAAAUCAGUUCCUUGGAAGAAAGUUGCUGUAAAAGCUGAUCUUCAAACCUUAAGUUUUUUGGAGAGAGGGCCAUUUUGUCAAUAUCUACGGAUUGAAUUUCAAAAUAAAACAGAUAUUGCGCCUACAACAUUUUUUUUUCCUGAUGAAGAUACGGGAAAAGCAUUUAUUGAGAAACUAAACAUUAAUUUUACAGAAUUAUUGGAUAAUCCAAAUGUUUCGCUUCACGUUGAGAAGUGCCGUCCUGAAACGCAGGAAGCAUUACAAAGACUUUUCCAGUCAGAGGCCAGUAUUAGCCUGCCAGAUAUUCUGUACUAUACAUUUAGUAUUUGGUAUUUAUCUGAAACUGUGAGACUAGAUAUUUCACUUAUUCUGAGCGAUGAGGAUAUCGCUCUCGUAGAUGAAAAUUUUGAAUAUUGGUUUGUUGAAUGA